GACAGCAUCACCAUGCAAACGGCAAAUACGUGGACCUCAGGCAGUUGCGUCUCAUCCACAUCUUUUGACUGUCUUUGCACAGACCGCCCAGUCAAUCUCGCAAGCCAUCCGUGAGGCAGGGAUGAGCAGGUCUUGACGCCAUUGUGAUCGUGAGAGCGUCAGCAUCAGCGUCGGAGCUUUCAUCGUGGCUGUCUUGCAACCCGCCGCGCUCGGCUUUUGGGUCGCACUUGCAGCUUUCAUGCCGACCUAGGACGGCGAAGCGCGUUCGUCCCCGGGAGGAGCAAGUGCAGCAGGCUUGGACGCUCCCUCGACUGGACCAGCAGUCGGUCAAGGUGCUGCUGCUCCUUAUCUCUGCCUGCUGUUGCGAUGCAGCCGCUCAAGUCUGAGGAUUUCCCUGCUGAACCAGUAUCGGAACAUCUGGAUCCCCCACACCAAGAGAUAUUGUAUGCGCCCUCCGAAGAAGUCCAAGAGAUGAAUCAAGCCCAGCACAACGACCAUUUGUACUACUCGCAAGUGCAAGCCGUGGACGGUUAUGAGGAUAGCGGGGCGGUGGAUGGAGCGGAAGGAGUGGUCGGGCAGCAUGCCGAGGACCUUACGCACGUCGCAGCUUUCCGAGAGCACGAGGGACUGAAUGGCGAGGAAGAGGGCGCGCUGUACCACAAUGAAAGCCAACAGGAUGGCUUGUCAGAUAGCAAAGCGCGAGGGAGCAAUAACGGCGCACACGCUCCCAAGCGGCGAAAGAUCAAUACUUGUCUUCCUUGCAAGAGGCGCAAAGUCAAGUGCGACAAACAGAGACCUCACUGUGGCCAGUGCAAGAAGCAUCACAUCGAAGAGCCGGAUUGCGUGUGGAGUCUGGAUGCGGAUCACAAUGCCGCACCAGCAGAUGCGCAUGCCGCCCCAAUAUCUGGUACUAACACCGCAUACGACUCGACUUGGUACUCGGCUCAAGACGGUAGCGCACCUGAACUCGCCCAACAGGCGGUUGCACAGCAUCCUUGGGACCAAGGCGAGGCCGCGCGAAUAGACUCGUCAGAGGAGGCUAGUGGUGCAUCGAAGGCUGAAGACGUUCCUGCAAUGCUCGAGCGGAUCCGAGCGCUUGAAUCCGAGCUGGCACGCACGACUACUCGAUUGCUGGGGCAAGACAGUGCCAACGAAACGGAACUAUCGAGCAAGAAGAGGGCAGGCUCUGAAGACUUGGCAGCAGCAGCAUCUGCAGAGCGCCAAGACAUCGACACAGAGGAAUUGACGCAUAUGGAGACACAAUUGAAUCAAUUGAGGAAGUUACCGCCAUCUUCGGCCAGCAUGUACGAAGCGAAUACGGGUCUUGCUGCAGGCGCGCUCGCCAUGAUAGCUCGCAAUCAUCCUCAUGCCUCGAUGACGAAUGGCACUGGCAAAGGUCGAGGCGCCAACAUGUCCACGUGGGGCGUUCAAGGACCGCCAGGUGGCAGAUUUCCAUUUCAAGCGCGCCUAACUACAGAGCUGGUCAAGGAGGCUCUCGAUCUGUUGCCAGAGGACUCCACGGUGGACCACAUCAUUGCGGCUGACAGAGCAGUGCAUAUGAGCGGGCUCAGUACAGGAACAAGCUAUCGCCUUGUUGAUUUGCAGCUCGGGGUCAUGCGAGCGGAAAUCAAUCGAUGGGAUGGAGGGAAAUGCGGCUCAGACUUGCCAUGCAUUGAUUUGACGUUCCUGGCGCUGCUUUUCGCAAUUUUGUCUGCCGGCAUCGAGUACUCAGAGCCUACGACGUUGGUGUAUCACAAGCUGGUCGAUCGAUUGGAAGACAUUCCAGAAAAAACGUGCGCUUACGUAGCAAUGAGUCAAACCCUUAUGUCCGUUUGUGACAUGUUGGAACGGCCAAACCUCAACCUAGUCAUGGCUUUGGCGGAGAUACGCAUGUAUCAAGUUGCGCACGCGCGCUUCAUCGAGUGCUCGAUGUGUGUCUCAAUGAUGAUACGAAUGAGCUUGUUCUUGCGCUUGCACCGCAUGGGUAGCGCCUACGACGAUCAGGCAAAGUGGAUGAGCGAAGAACAGACACCUUCGGUCGUUACCGGCUGGGAGGAUCAGCCGUACUUGAUGGGGCAGGUUUUAAUUCCAUUGUAUCCGCAGGGAAAACCUGACCCGGAAGCCAUCACUGUCAAGAUACCGCAGCGUAGUCAUCUAGUUCGGGAAGCUGCGCGCCGGACCUUCCGCAGCAUCGUUCUCGUGUCCUACUUUAUGAGCGAGCAGUACGAUCGACAUGCGCAGAUCGACCCGCAUACGUACAAUACGACGCCGCCAAUCAAUGUGGACGAGGAAGAGCUGCCCAUGGGAGAUGAGGUCGAGAGGGCUUGGGAACUACCGAUCGAAAAGGCUCGGGGAGUGCCUACUGAGAACAGCUUGUUUCCUUUUACGUGCGCUGUGGCCCACUUGGCUUGGGAGGGCACGGAUGCGGUCGCUCGCGACAAGAUGGACUAUGCCAAGGUGCUCGACCUCGACAGCAAAUGUCGCAAGGUGCUGGAAGACUUGCCCGACUUUUUGCGACUCGAUGGAGAGUCCGAGAAUUUGGAGCACGUCCAGCUAGCACUGGCGCAAAGACCUCAUCUCGCCAGCCAACGUUUCAUCAUUAUUGAGACUGUUCAUUUCAGACUUUUGAUGCUGCAUCGACCCUACAUGCUGCGCGGUUACAGAGAUCCAACAUACGAGCCGUCUGUCAAGGUGUCUGUUGAAUCUGCCCGCACCAUCAUCUUUUGCCGAAGCGAGAUGGACAGAAUAAGCUGGGCGAUUCAAAAGUACCCGGCUUUCCGAAUACACAACCACAUGUCGGCAAUGCUGUUGGCGGUGCACCUUCUCGAGGAAGCGCGACAAGGUCGACACUCUGAUCCAGAGUCUAUUGCUAUUCGAGAAGAGGUCACUGUCGCUCUGAACUUUGUUGCCGGUCGUACUACAUCCGACGGCACACCAAUCACGAAAUCCGGCGCAAAAGCCGCCAAAGCGACGCGCCGCAUGAUCGAUGCUCUCCUCUCGGAAAGUGCCGCGCGGGGAGAGGUGGAGAAUGACGAAUCGUCGCUGGCGCAGCAAGUAGCUACCAUUGCGGGCCACGAUGCUACCCAGAACGAGGCAGACUUCCCGUCGACGGCUGCUCUCGACUCCCACACGUACGCCGUGCCGGAGUCGCGCCAUACCCUUGAGGAGUUGCCAGAAGUCCAGCGUCCCUUCGGCUCGGAAGCUUUCUCCGCGUCUGUCCCUACAAAUUCCACCAACACCUCACCAGGCUCUUUACUCGACGCUCUGCUGCGCCCUGAUGAUCCCGUUAACCUGUAUCUCUCACAGCUUUUCGGCUCAUCGACUGGCGAGAACCUUCCGCCGCCGCCUCCUGAGAAUUUUUGGGGGGCUACGGACAAGGUCAUUCGGCUAUCCGAACAUCCCUGAGGUGGCGCGCACUGCCGUCAUCUCGCCUUGGUCCGCCUUCCUUCGGACAACUUGUAUUCUACCCUGUACCUUGUUAAGAGCGUCUGCAAUCACGUGAAUGAGGAUGGCCCCUUGCGCGGCCUUC